AGACGCUGUUCUGCUGACGCCGAAAGAACUGCCCAGGCGGUGGAGCCAUGGAAGGUGACUGUCUGAGCUGCAUGAAGUACCUGAUGUUUGUUUUCAAUUUCUUCAUAUUUCUGGGUGGGGCCUGCCUGCUGGGCAUCGGCAUCUGGGUCAUGGUGGAUCCCACCGGCUUCCGAGAGAUCGUGGCUGCCAACCCCUUGCUCAUCACGGGCGUCUACAUCCUCCUGGCGAUGGGGGGCCUGCUGUUCCUGCUCGGCUUCCUGGGCUGCUGCGGGGCCAUCCGGGAGAACAAGUGUCUGCUGCUGUUUUUCUUCUUGUUCAUCCUGAUCAUCUUCUUGGCGGAGCUCUCGGCGGCCAUCCUGGCCUUCAUCUUCAGGGAAAAUCUCACCCGGGAAUUCUUCACCAAGGAGCUCACCAAGCAUUACCAGGGCAACAACGACACAGACGUCUUCUCUGCCACCUGGAACUCGGUCAUGAUCACAUUUGGUUGCUGUGGGGUCAACGGGCCUGAAGACUUCAAGUUUGCAUCCAUUUUCCGACUCCUGACUUUGGAUAGCGACGAGGUACCCGAGGCCUGCUGCCGGAGAGAGCCGCAGACUCGCGACGGGGUCCUGCUGAGCAGGGAGGACUGCCUCCUGGGAAGGGACUUGUUCCUGAACAAGCAGGUACAGGCCUGCUCCCCAGGCAGGGGGACGUGGGGGCCAGAGCUGGCGGGUGGCGGUCGUCCCAGAGGGUCUGGAGGCGCUUCAGGAUCCCAUGGACUAGUGACGGGAUACGGGACUGAAUGGAGGCUGAUGGAGCUUCAUCCAGGCUCCUGACAUCCAACCAAAGGGGAAAGGAUGCAGGCGGCCGAUGGCUCGGUGACGGCACAGGCCAGAGGAGUGGGCGUUUGGGCUGGGGUUAAAGGGUGAGUAGGAGUUUUCCAGUGUUCCAAGCAGAACACUCCUUGAGCUUCUCAUAAUGUAGGUUGGGAGCCAGAACUAGAAUCACACAGUGGGGGCCCCUCCUUGGUCAUGUACUCUGUUUUGGGGGAAGCUCACAUGUGCCAUGUGGGGGCACCUCCUGGCUCCAAGGGAGCAAGAUCAGGGAAGCUCCUAGACUUCAUGCAACCCCAGAACUUCAUCUCAGUUUCAGAAUCCCUUCCCCUUCCUGUGACACAGGUUCCCCAAAGACCAGCCCCCGACCCCUCGGUGUGUAUGUGAGACAAGAGAGAGAGGAGAGAACGAGGUGGACCCAUGCCUCUUCCUGGAUGAGCCCUUUAAUGGGAAUUUUAUAGGAGAGUUCCAGAUGCACGGGACCCCCAGGGGACAGGGGACAGGCCCCUGUUCCUGUGGCGCUCAUGGUUGAGUUAGAGGGUGCAGAUGAUAAACA